GAAAAGGGAAGACGAGAGAAGUUAAAAAAUAUUUGGACAAGGAAGUGUUGUAAUGUGAAAGGUGAUGGAGGCGUUAGCACAAAAAAGAAAUGCAUCGAAGACGGCAGCUGCAACUUUCGAGGCAGACGAGUAAUCGAGUUAGACGUCCUGGCCAGAGCCCUGGAUAGUGGUUGCAGAGCGUGUGGAAAAGCACUUCAGCUAUCAAACUGCCAUGAUGCGACUAUCUCUGGGUUGGGUAGUUUUUUGUAUAUUAUGUGCAGCGAUCCGGAAUGUGGAGAGGUAAAUGCGUGAACCACAAACAUCGCAUCGUGCCGCCGGUGCUGGUCGCGGCCGACCAAUUUUUCAUAAAAAGACCAAACUUGCCACAGGUAGGUAUAUUUAUUUGAUUAGCAGCUUUUAUCCGAACAUUUUUCCGAGCUUCAUCAUAAUUUAACAAUCAUAAUACCGUGUAAUAACUAACUUUUAAAUGUACAUGUACUGUGUUUAUGUGCAGGAAUGUUACACGCCGGUAUGUAAACGCACUGCUCACGUCGAUAAACGUUCCAGCCGUGGGACAAAACACUCUGAAGGCCAGAGAAAGAGAAGUUGGCGCAGCGAUUGAGACUGUUGCAAGGAAUUCAUGUUUAGAAGGAUUACAGUUGGAGAAAGAUUGUCGGAGGACCGUGGACACAGAGCAAGUUGUAAAAAUCGGGGUAUCGUACGACAUGAGUACGCAGAAGAGGGGAAAGGGUCACAAUACUUUGACAGGUUAGUCCUAUAAUAUACAUAAAGCUAAGAAAUAAUGGAGGCAUUUUUGCUUUGCUUGCAUGGCAUCCAUAUGUUUAUGUCUGUUUAUCCAUUUUAAAAUACAAUAUUUAACAAAUUCACAACAAUUUUUUCUUUUGCUAUAAUAACAAUAAUAACAAGAUAAUGAAAUAGCAGCUGUAGAAGUUAAAAUUAAUUAUUAUUUUUACCCUAGACGACAAAAUUUCCAUCCAACAGCAGUCAGGCAAUUUAACAUUUGAUUUCCUUUAACAAUAAUAUUAUUAUUAAAACCGAAUAUUGGAAGCAGGGUGCUUGUUCAAAUCAUCCUCAAAGACAGUGAAUGAGCUAAAUAAAAUACUAGCAUUAUUAAUCGACAACAAUGAGUCAUUCAUUUAAUUUAUAGAGGUAUUGACUUUUUGACUAAAGUAAAUAAAACGAGACUAUUUUUUUUCCUAGGAGAAGGGUCUAUGAUUGGGCUAUCUUCAGGCAAGGUGGUGGGCUAG